AGAGCCUGCUUGCUAUACGCGGCUGCAGUCAGUGUCUCGCGCUCAGCUUGCCCUGUGUGAGGACCAGGAAGGAGCGGGUGACAGACUGGAGAUCACGUGACCGGCGCAGCUUCCCCUGCAGAGGAGAGCGCUGUAUGACAGGCGCGCGGGAGAAGCGGAGUAUCGUGUGUCACUGCUUGGCCGCCUCGUUAUACCGCUCCAUCCCGCCUCGCUAUACCGCUCCAUCCCGCGCGCUGCCCCCCCGGCCAGCUCCUCAGACACCCCUCCUCCCCCUGUCACCGCGGGCCGCUCGCUCCGUCUGUUACGGACACACAGGAAGUAAAGGGCAGCGGCGGCCAUGGGUCUACUCUCUCACGGCUCCCCGCUCAGCUGGGAAGAGACCAAGAAAUACGCCGACCAUGUCCGGCAACACGGCGUGCUGCAAUUCCUGCACAUCUACAACCGGGUCAAAGAGCGACAGAAAGAUGUCCUCAAAUGGGGGGACGAGGUGGAGUACAUGUUAGUGUCGUUUGAUCAUGAACACCAAAAAGUACGGCUAGUGCUUAAAGGAGAGGAAAUGCUGGACACUCUUCAAGACCAAGGAGAAAAAAUAAAUCCUAACCAUCCAACACUUUGGAGACCAGAAUAUGGUAGUUACAUGAUUGAGGGUACGCCAGGACAACCUUAUGGUGGUACCAUGUCUGAAUUUAACACUGUGGAAGACAACAUGAGGAAAAGACGUCUGGAAGCCUCCUCAUUACUGGGAGAGAAUACAUCAAUUUGCACAAUAACAUCCUUUCCAAGGCUUGGAUGUCCAGGAUUUACGUUACCUGAAUUUCCACCAACGCCAGUGGAACAAGGGGCUUCAAAGUCCCUCUUCUUCCCUGAUGAAGCCAUUAACAAACACCCUAGAUUUAGUACUUUAACAAGAAAUAUUCGACACAGAAGAGGGGAAAAGGUGGCUAUUAAUGUACCAAUUUUUAAAGAUCGAAACACACCAUCUCCAUUUAUUGAAAGAUUUCAUAAUGAUAGUGGAGAUGAUGCCAAAGCAGCUUUGCCAAAUCAUAUAUACAUGGAUGCAAUGGGAUUUGGCAUGGGCAACUGCUGCCUUCAGGUAACUUUUCAAGCAUGCAGCAUUUCUGAAGCCAGAUAUUUGUAUGAUCAACUAGCUACCAUAUGUCCUAUUGUGAUGGCUUUAAGUGCUGCAGCACCAUUUUACAGAGGAUAUGUGUCUGAUAGAGACUGCCGCUGGGGUGUAAUUUCUGCAUCAGUUGAUGAUCGAACUAAAGAAGAAAGGGGGCUGAAGCCUCUGAACAAUAAUAAAUAUCAAAUAAGUAAAUCUCGUUAUGAUUCCAUAGACAGUUAUUUGUCUAAAUGUGGAGAAAAAUACAAUGAUAUUGACUUGACAAUAGACAAAGAGAUCUAUAGUCAAUUAACAAGUGAAGGAAUUGAUCAUCUAUUAGCCCAACACAUUGCACAUCUUUUUAUUAGAGACCCACUGACUUUAUUUGAGGAAAAAAUACACCUGGAUGAUGUCAAUGAAUCAGACCAUUUUGAGAACAUUCAGUCAACAAACUGGCAGACCAUGAGAUUUAAGCCUCCCCCACCAAAUUCUGAUAUAGGCUGGAGAGUGGAAUUCCGCCCAAUGGAGGUCCAGUUAACAGAUUUUGAAAACUCUGCUUAUGUUGUGUUUGUAGUUUUGCUGACAAGAGUUAUUCUUUCCUAUAAGUUGGAUUUUCUCAUCCCCUUGUCAAAGGUGGAUGAUAAUAUGAAGGAGGCCCAGAAAAGAGAUGCAGUGCGACAGGGAAUGUUCUACUUUAAAAAAGAUAUAUGUAAAGCGGGAAAUCCUGUAGUUGAUGGUUGUUGUACAGCAUAUAAUGGCACAGAAACUGACCCAGAAGAAUAUACCCUAAUGAGCAUUGAUACAAUCAUCAAUGGAAAGGAAGGUGUAUUUCCAGGGUUAAUUCCAAUCUUAAACUCUUAUCUUGAAAACAUGGAAGUGGAUGUGGAUACCCGCUGUACAAUCUUAAACUAUCUUAAGCUUAUUAAGAAAAGGGCUUCCGGUGAGUUGAUGACUGCAGCUAGGUGGAUGAGAGAAUUUGUGUCAAACCACCCAGAAUACAAGCAAGACAGUGUAAUCACAGACAAAAUAAACUAUGACCUUAUUGUGAAAUGCAACCAAAUUGCAAAUGAAGAGGCAAACUGCCCAGAAUUGCUUGGUUUUACAAUCAAUAAAUUCAAGACAAGUGGAACUAAAAAUGUAUCUUCAUGAUGUGCAAAAGUACAGUAGACCACAAAAAUGUAGUUUGUAAAUGAAACUGCAUUGUUUUGGUUUAAUGACCAAACUCACACUGCGCUUACAAUUUAAGCCAAAAUGGCUUCAUGCAGUGAUUUCUUCUUAAAAAGUAACAUAUUCCUAUUGUCAAAGCUUAUACGAUGUAUAUGUAAAUAGUAAAAUAUUUUUAUGACUAACCUUGUAUCUAGAAAGAAAGAAAAAAAUCAUUACUGUGAAGUAAACUUUUUAUGUAUGCUCUUGGGGGUAAAUGUUUGGUUUUUUUCUUUCAGUGUGGUACCAGUUUGUGUAUUUUUAGCCCUUUUUAUUUCAUUAAUUUGUAUCUUUACUAAUGAAUGUAAUACGCAAGCAUUGUACAAUACCUAAUGCCUCAACUACGAAUAUACUUGAUUAUUUUAUUUUGUAAUUUUUAAUUUUGUAUGCGCACACAAGUUAUCUUGCUAGUUUCUUGGCAAAGAAAGAGUGUCACUUAUUUAUAUAAUCCCCAAAAUUAAGCAGUGAGCUGAAAGACCUAAUUGCUGAAGUAAGCGUUUAUGCCCAUUGGUGCACUGGUAUUGCCGAAGGGAAGCUGGAUCUGAAUUCCAUUUGUUUUCACAGCAUUUUAUUCUCACAAUUUAGUUUAGACACGUUCUGCCUGUUGAAGGAUAAAAACUGCUUAGCCCAUCAAAUCUUCAGAAUUCCUGACUUUCAACAAACGUGGAUUGUUAAACUGGCAGGUAUUGGCAUUGCUGUUGGGGUUCCAAAAUUGUGUUUGUUUAAACACACUAAAGAUUCUUUGGGAAACCUUACUUGGCCUUACAUUGUUCUCUUUCAGAAUGAAAUUUAAUGAACUAUAGUUUGUCCACUGUGUAAAUAUUGUCUGCAGUAAUGCUCCUUCCUUUUUGUGAUAUGGAAAUUUGUAUGCUGAUUAGGUUCAAGUAACACUCAAAAGUGCUUAAGAGCUGUAUAUAUCUUGACUCUAGGUUUCAGGUGUAUGUGAUGCGAAAAGUAUAUUUUUAUCAAUGCCCUGCACGGUCUUUGGGAAAGGCAUGUUUCCUUGUUGCAAGGUUUGCUAUACAAAUUUACAUAGGAUGUGUUUUUGAAAACCUGAAAUAAUGUAGUUAAGUCAUACAACACUGUUUUAAUAUCUAUGUACAUUGAAAAAAUUAUAGCUGGUACCCUCUGUUGAAAGGAAAAUAAAAUUGAAAUAUAUUUCAAACUGUUAAAUUC